AGCUAGCAACCUUGAUAGCUAUUCAAAAUCCUAAUACAUUAGAUGUUGCAAUCACUCAAGCAAAAACUGUUGAAGCAGGAAGAUAUUAUACGACAGAACAUGAUUUUAGCAAGCCAAAAGUUGAGGAUGACCUUGAAAAAUUAACUAAGCAAUGGCAUAUUUCUCUCGAUCAGAAAAGGAGAAAUUAUAAAAGGACUAUGGCAAACUCCUGGAUGAAAACUGCUGAACUUAGGCAAACUACCAUCAAACGAAUAAAUGGUAGCAAACUUGAGGAAUUUGCUCAAGAGUAUUCUGUCAAUUGUACCCUUUGUGAAACAAUCAUUACUACCAACUUAGAUCAUGAAUGUAUUGUGGGAUACAAUCUUGAACAAAUACAUUCUGAAAUGGUAUCUGAAACUUUAAUUAAUGAAGUAUUUUGGGAUAUACCCAAAAUGGUACAACAAGAUGAUGAAGCACGUCUUGCAGCAGUUGAAUUGUUGAAACCAAUUAAGAAUCCUCAAGCACGUGAUUAG